AUGGCACGUACCAAGCAAACCGCACGUAAAUCUACCGGUGGUAAAGCACCACGUAAACAGUUGGCAACCAAAGCCGCCCGUAAGAGCGCACCAGCCACCGGAGGAGUGAAGAAACCUCAUCGUUACAGGCCAGGUACCGUGGCUCUUCGUGAAAUCCGCCGAUACCAGAAAAGCACCGAGCUCCUUAUCCGUAAACUUCCAUUCCAGCGUCUAGCACGUGACAUCGCUCAAGAUUUCAAAACCGACCUUCGUUUCCAGAGCUCCGCUGUCAUGGCCCUGCAAGAAGCCAGCGAAGCCCACCUUGUCGGUCUUUUCGAAGACACCAACUUGUGCGCUAUCACGCCAAACGUGUCACCAUCAUGCCCAAAGACAUCCAACUUGCCCGCCGUAUCCGUGGCGAACGUGCUUAAAUCGUAUGCCUUGGUGUACACAAAUCAAACGGCCCUUUUCAAGGCCACCUCAUCCUCCAAAAAGAGAACUACCGUUGUGUUGUGA